UCCAUUUUAUUUCUAUAUUUAGUGGAGUAGGUGUACAGAAAAAUAUAUAUUAUGGAGAUAAAGAUGGAGAUGUUGAUGUCUAGGGCAACAAGAGGGCAUUUUCGUCACAUCAGGCAAAAAAUCUACGAGGCAAUUCCGUCCAAGUCACCAGCAAAAACUACGUGGUGAAAUCACACCAAAGCUCAUAUCUCUUCUUACAAAAAGCCUAACUUUCUGCACAAAAUCCUUUCAAAAUUAAGAUGAACACAAUCUAAAUAUCUAGAUUAACAAUCCUAAAUUCUCACCCAAAAAAUUAAAAUUCAUCAAACGGUUUAUCACUGCUCGGUUUUUUUUCAUUCCUAAGGCCAUAAUUCACCGUUCGUUGGCCAAUCACGGCGGCGCAUUUUCCCGUCGGUGUUUUUUGUUGGUAGGGAUGGAAUUUGGAGCAGACGAAGCUGAAUGAAUUUCAGUGUUUAAAUCUUAUUGUUUUUGUAACAAAUAUUUCUGUAGCAGGAUGCUGUUACGGUUCAACAUCGGAGAUACGAUGAUGAAUGAUCUGAUGUUUAACCUUUGAUUUUUCCGCCAUUUACAGAUGUAGAAGAAAAAUGGAGACGAAUACGUGUGAUGUUAACAACUUGGACACAAAUGCCCUUUUGCCACCACGAAAGCGGCUUCUGGCUGGACUGAAGAGGCAAAGUUCUCCUAGUACUGAGAGCGAGUACGAUGCUCGCCUUAAUGAUCUAUUGAGGUCUCAUUUGAGUAACCCUCUCGAUGAAAUUGUCGGAGCCUCUCGAAUUGCUGCCGUGAAAGCUGCAAAAGUUGCAGAGGCUGCAAGGGCUAAUGCCGAACAGAAAGCUGUAAAAGCUGCAAAGGCGGUGGCUGCUGCCAAGAAUGCCUUGGAUCUUGUUGCCACUCUCUCUGAGGAAUCCGACAAAUUGCAAAAGAAGAACAAGACGAAAAAGCAUGUCCCCGUUCAAGCGUUGUACAACAAGAAGAAGAAGGGGAAAGGGAAGGGGAAGGCUAGUUGCAGAAGUGACGAAAAAAUGGCUCGCGAGUUGCACAAGGCCAUCAAUAGCUCCCCAAGAACUUUGAGAAAAUCGCCGGAUGCUGAUUCAUCGAAGAAUCGCAAGAAUAAGAAGAUGAAGAUAGCCAAUUCAGCUAUAAACGGCAAUGGUGUAGGAAAGGGAAUCGACAUGCUUAUGGUGGAUUUGAACUCAUCGGAACAUGACAGAGAUGAAGAUUUGGGCUUGGAUAGCAGGGAAGUUCCAGAAAACGGGGAAGUGAGGGUGGAAUCUUUGGAUAGUUUUGGUAAAAGGAGGAAAAGAAUUAAGCAGAAAAAAAUGCCGUUGAACAUUUGCAGUUCGAAGGAUCAAAGCAGCAGCCCUAAAGAGGAGACAAAAACACAGCAGUUGUUCUCUGUUGAGAACUCUAGCAAUAGUUUGAUUCCUAUCGAGAAGGCGUCGAUGUGGAAGUGUCAUGCAUUCAAGGCGCCUGCUUGUCUUGCCCAAAAUAAAGUUAUGCAGUCGUAAUUUUAUUAGUUUUCGUAUCGAUUAAGCCUUCUUUUUCGCUUUUUUGUUUUUUGCCGUUUGUAGAGUACAUUAUCGUUCAUUUUGGACUUGGAUGUAUAUCAACUGCUUGAUUGUUUUGCAUAUAUUUGUUGAUUGUGGAGAAUUGCUGCUUCUUUGUAGGGAAGCAGAGAUUGAAAUGUACCCCACCCUAUCUUCUUUGAUUGAGGUCUAUGGAGCACGAUGGUUUAAGGUAAACCAGUAUUUUUUUUUUC